AUGGGAGGAUCCCCCCUCUGCGGUGACUCCGUCAGAGCAGUCAAAGACUACAGGCGACAAGCCGUUACCUCCAGACGUUGGCCUUCGUCUGCUGGAGACGACCAUCAAAUAACAUUUUCCAACGCCGACGCACGGGGCGUCCACAUGCCUCACAACGAUCCACUCCUCGUCGACAUCGGGAUCGGAGAAUGUCAAGUCACCAAAGUCUUGAUCGAUACCGGGAGCUCGGUCGAUCUCAUCUUCCGCCACACGCUGGAUAAGAUGGGCGUUGAUCUGCAGAACAUGAAACCAUCUUCUCGCACCCUUACCGGAUUUAACGGAGCUUCGGAGCAGAUGCUCGGUACGAUACGCCUCCCCGUCUAUGCAGGAGACAUCGUUCGCACGGUGAAAUUCUCCGUUAUACAAGCCAGAGCGCCGUAUAACGCGAUUCUUGGCACCCCCUGGCUCCAUGCAAUGAGAGCCAUUCCGUCGUCUUACCACCAGUGUGUCAAGUUCCCGGGCAAGGACGGCAGCACGCAAACCAUCCGAGGAGACCAGCAGGCCGCGAGAGAAAUACUCAUUGCAACGGUGAAACUCCAGCAAUCCGUAUCCCUCAUCAACUCCGUCUCCAAACCUAUCCAUAAAGUAUACCCUCAGAAGGAAGAAAUCCGCGAGGUCCCGCUCGACGUAAACGACCCGACAAAGGUCGUACGAAUCGGCGCUUUUCUCUCGGAUGAAAUGCAAACCCAGAUCACCUCUUUUCUCCGAGAGAAUGCCUCAACAUUCGCCUGGUCCGCAGCAGACAUGAAGGGAAUCGAUCCGACUAUAACCUCGCACGAGUUGAACGUCGACCCCACUUUCAAACCAAUCCGGCAGAAAAGGCGUAAACUCGGGCCCGAUCGAUCGAAAGCAGUCAACGAGGAAGUAGACCGAUUACUCGCAGCAGGAUCCAUCACCGAGGUCCGGUACCCCGAGUGGUUAGCAAAUCCGGUUGUCGUCAAAAAGAAAAACGGGAAGUGGCGUGUCUGCGUAGAUUUCACCGAUCUCAACAAGGCAUGCCCGAAAGACAGCUACCCACUCCCCCAUAUCGAUCGACUGGUCGAGUCAACAGCAGGCAACGAACUGCUUACCUUCAUGGAUGCCUUCUCGGGGUAUAAUCAAAUAAUGAUGCACCCCGACGACCGAGAGAAGACCGCUUUCAUCACUGAUCGGGGAACCUACUGCUACAAGGUCAUGCCUUUCGGCCUGAAGAACGCUGGAGCGACUUACCAGCGCCUCGUCAAUAAGAUGUUUGCUGACAGACUGGGCAACACCAUGGAAGUAUACAUCGAUGACAUGCUAGUCAAAUCGCUUCACGCGAGCGAUCACCUCGACCAUCUGCGCGAUUGUUUCACGACGCUAAACGAGUAUGGGAUGAAACUCAACCCGGCCAAAUGCACAUUCGGCGUCACCUCGGGCGAGUUCCUCGGAUACAUAGUGACCCAGCGAGGCAUCGAGGCCAACCCGAAGCAGAUAUCAGCAAUCCUCGACCUACCCAGUCCAAAGAACAGUAGAGAGGUGCAGCGUCUAACGGGCAGAAUCGCGGCCCUCAACAGGUUUAUCUCCCGAUCAACCGACAAGUGUCUUCCUUUCUACGAGUUGUUGCGAGGGAACAGACGAUUCGUAUGGGACGAUAAGUGCGAAGAGGCAUUCUCUCAACUCAAGCAAUACCUCACUACACCCCCAGUCCUCGCGAAACCGGAAGUCGGUGAUAUCCUGUCUCUUUAUAUCGCAGUCACUUCUUCAGCAGUUAGCAGCGUCCUCAUCCGAGAAGACCGAGGCGAACAGAAACCCAUUUUUUACAUCAGCAAACGCAUGACCGAAGCGGAAACCCGCUACCCAACUCUGGAGAAAAUGGCCCUUGCUGUCGUUACCUCGGCUCGUAAACUCCGCCCCUACUUCCAGUCACACAGUAUCGAGGUUCUCUCCAACCAGCCUCUACGGACGGUGAUGCAGAACACGAAUCAGUCAGGAAGAUUGACUAAAUGGGCAAUGGAACUUAGCGCUCACGACAUAACGUACAAGAACCGCACAGCGGCCAAGUCACAAGUCCUUGCUGAUUUCCUCAUCGAGCUCACGCCAGAGCUCGAACAAGACCUCGUCCUACCCAGUAACAACUGGAUAUUGCACGUGGACGGUUCCUCCACGAACAAAGGCUCGGGCGCAGGCGUCCAGUUGCAGUCGCCAACCGGAGAAUUGAUCCGACAAUCCUUCACCUUCGGUUUUAACGCUUCAAACAACGAGGCAGAAUACGAGUCUCUCAUUGCGGGACUCCGUCUCGCCCAAGCAGUCAAAGUUAAACGACUAAGCGCGUAUUGCGACUCCCAGCUUGUCGUCAGUCAGUACCACGGAGAUUACGACGUACGAAACGACCGAAUGGAUUCCUACCUUCGCAUCGUCCAAGACCUAGCCAAAGGUUUCGAGUUCUUUGAACUAACGAAAGUCCCCCGUGGGGAGAACAUCUGCGCAGACGCUCUCGCUGCCCUCGGUAGCAAGCUCCACGAUCAAGUAAAGCGGACGAUUCCAAUCCACCGAAUCGAGAAGCCCAGCAUUGAUCAGGAAGGAGGGACCGUUGCUUCGGUCACCGAAGCGGCAUCUCCCAUUGACGAUUCCCCCACGAUGAUUGACGAUGAUCAAACAACCGACUGGCGUCUCGAGUUCAUUAACUUCCUCGCCCAUGGAACGUUACCCACGGAUAAAUGGGAAGCAAGGCGAUUAAAGCGACGCAGCGCGCAUUACGUCGUCACCGAAGGUGAGCUCCACCGAUGGACCGCCACUAAAGUUCUCCUCAAAUGUAUCCAUGGCGAACAGACGAGGCUCGUUAUGGCCGAAACCCACGAAGGCGCGGCAGGUAAUCACUCAGGAGGACGAGCUCUCGCUCUGAAAAUCAAGAAUCUCGGUUUCUACUGGCCGUCAAUGAACACGGACUGCGACUCCUACGUUCGCCACUGCGACAAAUGCCAACGCCACGCUUCUACGAUCCACAGUCCGACCGAACUCCUCCGAACCAUGACCGCACCAUACCCUUCAUGCGGUGGGGAAUGGACAUCAUUGGCCCAUUGCCGAACUCCAGAGGCAUACGCAAACGUCACCGACAAAGAAGUACAGAAGUUCGUCUGGAAAAACAUCAUUUGCCGUCACGGACUUCCUUAUGAAAUAGUCACCGACAAUGGAUCCCAAUUUAUCUCGCACAACUUCCGUGAGUUCUGUGAGAAAUGGAGAAUCCGUCUCAACACCGCGACCCCGAGGUACCCGCAGUGCAACGGCCAAGCCGAGUCGACGAACAAAACCAUCAUCGAUGGUCUGAAGAAACGACUCGACCUGAAAAAGGGAUGCUGGGCAGACGAACUAGACGGCGUUCUAUGGUCUCACCGAACGACACCUCGGGGAGCAACGCAAGCUACCCCCUUUUCGCUGGCAUACGGAGUCGAGGCAAUGGCACCAGCCGAGUCAACGUCACCAGCUUACGACGCUCCAAGAUGCCCCUUCACGGUGAGAUCAACCGAGACAUGCUCCUCGACGCUCUGGACAACAUCGAGGAAAAACGCGAUCAAGCGCUUCUCCGUAUCCAGAAUUACCAGAACCAGAUCGAAAGCUAUUAUAAUAAGAAGGUUCGAUCCCGCCCUCUCGAACUCGGAGACCUCGUCCUACGCAAAGUGUUCGAAAACACUAAAGAGUGGAAAGCCGGCAAGUUAG